CCCAGCGUCACCGAGCUGAUCACCAAGGCCGUGUCCGCCUCCAAGGAGCGCAAGGGGCUCUCCCUCGCCGCGCUCAAGAAGGCGCUGGCCGCCGGCGGCUACGACGUGGAGAAGAACAACAGCCGCAUCAAGCUGGGGCUCAAGAGCCUCGUCAGCAAGGGCACCCUGGUGCAGACGAAGGGCACCGGCGCCUCCGGCUCGUUCCGCCUCAGCAAGAAGCCGGGAGAGGGCAUGGAGAAGGCUCCCAGGAAGAGGACGACUGCAGCUAAGGCCAAGAAGGCAGUGACCAAGAAACCUGCCAGCGCUGCCAAGAAGCCCAAGAAAGCAGUGGCAGUGAAGAAGAGCCCUAAGAAAGCCAAGAAGCCAGCGGCAGCCACCACGAAGAAGGCAGUAAAGAGCCCUAAGAAGGCUUCCAAGGCUUCCAAGCCCAAAAAGGCUGUGGCUGCCAAGAGCCCGGCCAAGGCAAAGGCUGUGAAGCCCAAAGCUGCCAAGCCCAAGGCGGCCAAACCCAAGACAGCCAAGGCAAAGAAGGCGGCUCCCAAGAAGAAGUAAAUCCUCGUGGAAGAUAACUCUUGACCCGCUUUUAAACCCAACGGCUCUUUUAAGAGCCACCCAAUAUUUCCCAAAAGGAGCUGAAAUACUGGUUAAACGAUUUUCUUGGCUGCUUCCCGAGGAAGAUCAGAGAAACGCGUUAUGUUUUUUACGAUGGGGGUGGGCGAGCGGGCUACGGACAGUGGCGGACGCUCCACCUCUGCGCCGCUUGGAAGCAGCGCUGCGAUAGCUUGAACUGCCCGCACUGCGUGCGGAUUGGCUGCGCCGCGGCUGUCAUCGUUCUCCGGGAGCGCAGUGCGGACACGCUGGGCGUGGGGAAGUUGCGGGCGGGAGGGAAAUAACACGGGCGUUCCUGUACUAAUGGCAGGAGUUCUAAGCUUCGGC